UUUAUUUUUUUUAUUUUUGGGAGUAUACAAAAGGAGCCUAGUUACAAAUAAAUUAACAUUGUAAAUAUGUAGCUCGUAAAAAUGACAUUUAUACACUUAUGAUAAACAACUUAUGUUAGUAAAGGGGUUAUUAACUUGUAUUUUUCUGCCCGUGUAAAAAAAUAAUAAUAAUAAUAAAAAAAAAAAAAGGUUUUUUAUGUGGGAUUUGCUUGAUGAAUAACUCUUGGUUCUUCCAUCAAAUAAAACUCAUAAACACAUCAGUUUUUGUUCCUAUCAACAAUGGCGUCAUAUCUCUCAAUCGACAUUGCCAAAGCUUCAACCUUCAUAACCCUAGCAACCAGGCACACGUUCCACCACCCUCUUCGCAAGCCCCAAUUUUCUCUCACCCCUUUUCACCGUAAACCUUAUCACUCUACCACAAAUUCUCUCUCCUUCAAUCUUCGCCACCGUUUUUCACCACUUUCUCUCUCCUCCAAAUCGCCGGAAUUCCGUCGGAAUCUCCGCAGUUUUUCCGUCGCAGCUUCGUCCUCGACGGCGGCUUCUGCGGAGUUUACGGAAGAAGAUGAUGUUGUCACCAAAAUUCCUCCGGAUAAUCGUAUUCCUGCUACUAUUAUUACCGGAUUUUUGGGCUCCGGAAAGACUACAUUGUUGAACCACAUAUUGACUGCUGAUCAUGGGAAACGUAUUGCAGUAAUUGAAAACGAGUAUGGUGAAGUAGACAUUGAUGGUUCCUUGGUUGCUGCUAAAUCUAUUGGAGCUGAAGACAUUAUUAUGCUCAAUAAUGGGUGUUUAUGCUGCACAGUGAGGGGUGAUCUAGUGAGGAUGAUAGGAGAAUUAGUAGAUAAGAAGAGAGGAAAUUUUGAUCAUAUUGUGAUUGAGACUACAGGCUUAGCAAAUCCCGCUCCUAUCAUUCAAACAUUUUAUGCGGAAGAUGUAAUCUUUAAUGAUGUGAAGCUAGAUGGUGUUGUCACUUUGGUUGAUGCUAAACAUGCGACGUUACACUUAGAUGAGGUUAAGCCUGAUGGAGUUGUAAAUGAGGCUAUAGAGCAAAUUGCCUAUGCUGAUCGUAUAAUAGUGAAUAAGACUGAUCUUGUCAACGAACCAGAUAUUGAUUCUUUGAUACAACGAAUAAGGAAAAUUAAUCGUAUGGCUAAUUUAAAGCGAACACAGUUCGGAAAUGUUGACCUAGAUUAUGUUCUUGGUAUUGGAGGUUUUGACUUAGAAAGGAUAGAGAGUGCAGUAACAGAAGAAAGUUCGAAAGAAGAUCAUGGUUGUCAUGAUCAUGAUCAUAAUCAUGACCAUGAACAUCACCAUGAACACAAGCAUGAACACAAACAUGAACACGAGCAUGAACAUCAUCAUGAUCAUCAUUCACAUGAUCACACUCAUGAUCCCGGAGUUUCUUCUGUCAGCAUUGUUUGUGAAGGGAGCCUGGACCUUGAUAAGGCGAACAUGUGGUUAGGUACUCUAUUACUGGAAAGAAGCGAAGACAUAUAUAGGAUGAAAGGUCUUUUGUCUGUUGAGGGUAUGGAUGAAAGAUUUGUAUUUCAGGGAGUUCAUGAUAUAUUCCAAGGUUCACCAGAUCGCCCAUGGGGACCCGAUGAGCCAAGGAUCAACAAAAUUGUAUUCAUUGGAAAGAACUUGGAUGGCCAGGAACUUGAAAAGGGAUUCAAAACUUGUUUAUUGUGAUGUAUUGUAUUUUAGAAAAUACAUAAGAAAACUAUACAUAGGCUCAUUAGAUUGUCAUUGUUUGUUGUAACAUUAUAUCUCUGAGUAUAUUGUUACUAGGGAAGUUACACUUCAAAUUUCGAGAAAAUUGUGAGUUUCUAACUAUUACAUUUUUAUAUUUUUAAUAAGAUCAUGUCGUUCAUAAGUUCAUUUUCA